AUGAGCCCCAAAUCAGGAGCGACGGACAAUUCCAAGACCCCUGCGGCCGUGUCACUUGUUUCCGGCGGCAUCGCGGGCGGAAUCGAAGCAGCAGUAACCUACCCGUUCGAGUUCGCCAAAACCAGAGUCCAGCUCCGCGACGCAGGCUCCGCGUCCCGGCCGCGCAACCCGUUCCUCGUCGUCGCCGACGUAUUCCGCAACGAGGGUGCAAGGGCGUUGUACAAAGGCUGCUCCUCGCUCAUCGUCGGGUCCGUCGCCAAAGAUGGCGUCCGCUUCCUCUCCUUCGACAUGAUCAAGAGCGCCUUCAAGGAUCCCGACACGGGCGCGCUGUCGCCCCUCCGUAACUUGUUGGCGGGGAUGAGCGCCGGGAUCGUGGCGAGCGUCUUCGCCGUCACGCCGACCGAGCGGAUCAAGACGGCGCUGAUCGAUGAUGCCCGGACGGCCAAACGCUUCCGUUCGGCACCGCAUGCCGUGAGGGUCGUUUACGCCGAACACGGUUUCUUGGGCCUCUAUCGCGGCUUCGCGGGGACUACGCUCAAGCAGGCUGGCGCCACCGCUUUCCGCAUGGGGUCGUAUAAUGUACUGAAGGACUACGAGAACAGCAAACACAUUGCGCAGAGUACGGCGACGAAUUUUGCGAACGGGGCGGUGGCCGGAACCAUCACGACGUAUGCUACGCAGCCGUUCGAUACGCUGAAGACGAGGUCGCAGAGCGCGAAGGGGGCGAGUACCGUGGAGGCUUUCCGGAGCGUGCUGGCGGAUGAUGGGGUGAGAGGUUUCUGGCGGGGAACGACGAUGAGGUUGGGGAGGACGGUCUUCAGCGGUGGGAUCUUGUUUACGGUUUAUGAGCAGGUCGCUGCGGUUUUGAAUCCUGUGUUUCAGCGAUGA